CAGAUGCGUGUGAACGCACCCUAAAAGCUAAUCCGAGCUGUAAUGACGAUAUGAAAUGCAUAAGUAUUCUUGUGAUAAAAAUAUUUGACGUGUGAUAAGUGUCAAAUAAGGUUGUUACAACGCAGAUGGAUGAAAAUAUAAGUUUAAUAUUUCGAGACCGGCUCAGAUAAUUCAGAAUGUAGGCCGUUGAAUGGUGUUGGUACACUAUUUGCUUCUGCUAAUUUUAUAUCGCGACUUACUCCGUUUUAUUUGUGCCACAGAGACUCUUCAAAUGAUUGUAUUAAAAUAACUGAAAGAUUACGUUAUAAACAAGAGCCAAGAGAUCUUUGUUUACAUUUGAUCUCUUGUGUACAAGUGUCUGAAAAACCGCUUGUACUGAAAUUAUUAUACGGGAUGAACAGAAACAAAAACAUCUGCGCAUAACUAACAAACUGUAACUGGAAAUGGAAGUAGCAGUUGAGAACAACAGAUUUUGCUGCUGUGAGUGCCCAUGCAGUAGUGAGGAGCAGGUGGAAGAGCGCGACAAAUCUGCGAGCUCACAUGAUGACCUGCCAUUUUGUCCCACCAGGCAGUUGAUUGAUGUCAAAAUGUAAGGUUUCCAUAGCAAUUACAGAAAAUAACAUCUGAAAGCAGAAAGAAAAGCCUGUGUGUUCAAACAAACAUGCCUUGUAUCCUGCACUGACUGUUAAAAUGGUAUGAUUGUGGUAAGUCCUGUUUGAGAAGCUUUCUUCAGAGAACUGGUUACAACCUGCACAGAAAAUGGACGACUCCCCUCACUUGUACAUCUCUGAAUUUGGAGAAAAUGAGGAUAUGGAAGAGGGUGAAGAUGAGGACAUUUCUCAAGAGGAACCUGACAUGGUGCCAGACAUGAUUAACUCACGGUACCCAGAUCUUCAUAAACUUCCCAGUGACGAUACUGAGAGAGACUGGAACUCUUUUCCCUGCCAGCACUGUGAGAGACAUUUUACCAGCAAACAAGGCUUGGAACGACACAUGCACAUCCACGUUUUGGCAAACAGUGAGACACAGGCACACAAAAUUAAUAAGAGCAACAUUUCUUUUGAUUCAAAUCUGAGUCAGCUGCAGCAUGAGAAGGCGAAGUCUCUGGAUUCUGAGGACUCCGUUGGGCAGCUUCAUACGUCAUCCCCUGCUGGCUCUAAUGCUUCCAUUUUGUCAACUGGAGACCACACUGCUCAACCAGACAAACAGGAUGUAUUAGAUGGCCAUCAUGCUUGCAAGUACUGUGAAAAGAUAUUCACUACUCAUACCAACAAGCGACGGCAUGAGCGCAGGAUCCACGAGCAGCAACUGCAACUCACACGUGCAGCAAAAACCCAGCUGCCCCAGGAGGAACAUCUUCAGAGGACAGCAGAUGAAACAUCUCAAGCCAAAACAGAGCUUGGUGACAGAAGAGCACCUGCAGCUGUUCUGGAAAAUGAAGGAGAACACACAGAACAAUACAUGCUAGAUGUCUCAAGCAAUAUUUCAGAGAAUCUCAGCUUUUACAUAGAUGGAAAGAUUGUGUCAACGAGUACAGUCAGUGGCUGUGAAGCAGCUGACAUUCAUUCUGGGUCUUCAGCUUUGGUCAGACUGGAUUCCUUGAUUCUAGACCCGACACAAAUCGGCCAGGUUUUGAAUACAGAUUCAGUUCCAGGCAAAGAGAUACCUGGUCAGCCGCUGGCUAAGAGAAGAACAGCAACACCACCUCUUUUACCACAAAUUAAAACUGAGCUGGAGUCUGAGGUGGUUGUGUCCUCAUCUUCAUCAUCACUUGUAACUUCCUUGAUAGAGAAUCUGCUUCCUCAGAAUACAGAGUCUACCAUUGUGCAGAAGGAAAGAACAGUGUUUCUGUCUCCUAAGCUUAAACAGCUCCUGGAGAAGCAGGAUGGCCUAAAACCUACACUUGCCCUCAUCACAGAUGGUCAGAAGCCUUGUUCGCCUGUCUCUCUAUCUGUCCUGCCUGCUGGAACGGGCAGGUUUAAAAGAAGGACUGGAUCUCCACCAAGCUCGCCACUGCACAACCCAGCAUUUAAUGAGGAAACACUGCUAGACACUCCGGAGUGUGAUGCUGUAAGUACAGGACAGGUGGAAAUCCAACAUAGUUCCUCACUGGUGCAUGAAGCAACAAAUGAGAAGGAUGACACAACUCCAUCUGUCGCUGAUCCAGCAGUGAAACCUGUUUUGACAGAAAGCUGGCCCCCCAUGACUGGCGGUAAUUCCUGCAACCAGCAACCACUGGAUCUCUCUAAUACAGUCAAAAGAAAUGAAGAUGUAGCUUUAGCUGAUGCUGUGCUCGAUUUGAGUUUGCAAAAAAAGACCCUUGGUGAAUCUGAACUGGCAUUAAAUUUAGUUUCACAGGCAGUUUUGAAAGAAGGAAAACCUAACACAUGCAUAGUGGAGAAGGACUUGAUGAAUAUUGGAGAGCAAAAUGUCAGCCUUGGCAAUCCUGAGACCUCUGUAAUCACAGACUUCACCAUAGUUACGGGUCCAGAUAUGAUGACCCCAGUGGAGCCUGUUGCAGAAGGACUUGUUUAUGGACUUGCCCUACCCCCCACCUCUCUGACUCCAUCACCCGCCUCCCUUACCCCUGUUGCCUUGCAGAGAACUUCACCAUGCACUAUAGCUUUUGCUUCCCCAGCCUCACAUACCAUGCUCCCUACUACUCCUUCAUUAAUCACAGUUUUGGCUCCCCCACCUAUUUCUAACCCUUCAAGUCAACCAAUCCAGGUAUUAGCGCCAAAUAUAUCUCCUGAGCCCUUGGUAAUCUGCACAGAAAAUGCAUUAAAUACUUCAGAGUGUGAUUUAACUCCUGCAUUAGCCACUACAAAUUCUGCAAACCUCGUCACUCUCUCUCAGCCUCUUGACCCGACUCUAAAUCUACCUGGCCACGUGUUUCUCACUGAUCAAAUAGCUCUCAACCCACCUAUGGUUGAGUCUACCCCUGUGUCUGAACUGCCAUUCACGCCCACUGUAACUUUAAAUGAUUCCCUCAUCAAUUCUUACAAUAUCACCAGCAACACUGUGUUGAUAGAGUGCACAAUAGCUCUUGAAGCCCCGGGAAGUGUAGUCCCCCCUGCGAUUACCUUACAGGAAAGCAUUGCUGAGCCUCCAGCAACUUCACAGGUGGUUGUUAAUCAUAUAGAACAGGAACAGAUUGUAUCAGUGCCCAACCCUCAAACUGUUGACCCCACUGUUCUUGUGUCAUCCAUAGCAGAAUCAGUAACUCUAUCCACCACCACCUCAGUGAUAUCAGAUUGUGCUGCUGUGGAUGAAUCAAGUUCUGACCCAGAACUUGCUGUUGAUGCAGAACCACCAACCAUGAAAACGGAUGAAGCUGCUGACAGUACUGUUUCCACACCUGAAAUCUUAUCUAAAACCUCACCCUCAUCUGUGAAAGCUGAAGAGGAUGAAUCCUCGAACAACGCACCAAGUGAGACACAACCACAGACGUUCACCAAGAAUUUCAUCUGCAACGUGUGUGAAAAGCUUUUCCAUUCAAUGAAAGAAUUGGGUGACCAUGUCAGUGACCAUGCCGAUGAAUGGCCCUACAAAUGUGAGUUCUGCGUGCUGCUUUUUGGCAAACCCUCUGAUUUGCUUGACCAUCGAUCCAACCUUCAUGGUGUCGGAAAGACGUACGUUUGCAGUGCAUGUACAAAAGAAUUUGUCUACCUUUGCAAUCUCAAACAGCAUCAGGAAGAAUUACAUCCCGGCCAGCAGUGUACGUACACUGAAGAAGAAAAGGGAAAACUAAGACCUCAGAACUACAACAACUCAGCAAAAGUCAACAUGGAGUCUUCGGUGCCCGAUGCUCCGGAGGAAACCAAGAAACUGGUGAAAAAGGAGGAAGGUGAAGUAGAUGUGGCUGCUGAAGAACUAUUCACAACAAUAAAAAUCAUGGCCUCAGAUGGAGGAAAAAUAAAAGGGCCUGAUGUUCGUCUUGGCAUUAACCAGCAUUACCCCAGUUUUAAGCCACCUCCAUUUCCUUACCAUAACAGAUCACCGGCGGGCUCAUUGGCUUCAGCCACAAACUUCACCACCCACAACAUCCCACAAACCUUUAGCACAGCUAUUCGGUGCACCAAGUGUGGAAAAAGCUUUGAUAACAUGCCAGAGCUACAUAAGCAUAUCCUGGCUUGUGCAAAUGCCAGUGAUAAAAGGCGAUACACACCCAAAAAAAAUCCCAUCCCACUACGCCACUUUGCAAAAACUCAAAAUGGAGUUCUGUCUACCACUAACUCUACUAAUGGAUUAAACACAUCAAACAGAUCCAGUCAGGCAAACAGGUCUAAACUUAACCAAGACUCACAAGUAAAGGGGAAGUUCAAGGUACUGAACAGAAGGAAGAAAAAGUUGGUUCAAAGGGUCAUGCCACAAAGGAACAAGGCAGUCCCUUCAUCAAAUAAAUUAUCUUCUGCACAGGUGGAUGAGCAGCAGGACAUUUUUGUCUGCCCACACUGUAGCAGGGAGUUCACAAUGCGUCGCAGCAGAACCAAACACAUGGCAGUCUGCCCCAAGAAACCUAAAGAGGUGAAGAAACGGAAAGAAGGAGGAAUCUCUGUGACAAAGGAAAAUGAUGGACACUUGCAUAGAGGGUUGGAAGAGAAACGACAAGCCUCACCUCAGCACAAAACGAGACUCCAGACUUCUGGCCCUGCAAAGAGGCCUGCCAUCCGACCAGUGCAAACUGUCUUUUCAAACAAAAGAAGUAAAAUAAUUAUAAAAGAGAGCAUGCAGCCAAAACAAGAGGCAUCAACUCUGAAUGAACUUCCCAUUGUUCGCACUUUCAACCCCUCUAUGCGUCAGUAUAGCAGAGUUCAGCAUAGCGUCAAAGGAAUCCCCAUUAAAAUCACCAUAGUCAAACCACAACACACUGCACCACAGAAGGAUGAGCUGCCUCCCAUCCAGAACCGAGAAGAACCAACCGGAACCAUUUCCAGCAACGCUGAGCAGAGUCCUACAGCUUGAGGUCAUCUCAGCAGCUCACUGCAGAUCAUCAGGAUCUUGCUGUGUGGAAGACAUCAAAUUGAUACUAAAGGGAGGUGACUGCUAAUCACACUGUAAACCACAUGCCCUUACAGAUUGCAUCAUACAGAACAACUAAUGACUGGACUGAAGACAGAUAAAACAGUCAGCGAAGGAUACUGCAGUGAGUGGAUGUGUUCAACUGAGUAUUUGAAUGCUUUUGUAGUAACUUAGAGUUUUGUAAGUUUCUCUUGCGUUUCGUAAACUUUCUGUCAGCGGCUUGGAUUUGCACUUUGAAGUUAAUCUGACUGCUACGUGUCACAAAUUGGAAAGGAAGUGGGAGGAAUUGAGCUUGGAAGCUGCUCUCAUUUCAUUCUUGGUGGGUGAUGUAGAGAGGAUGGCAGGUGGCAAUCAUUUUCAGCAUGCAUUUGCACUUUUCCUUAUCUGUUGUCUGUGGCCUUUUGCUCUAAAUUCUUACUGCAUGCUGUGAGCCAGUACGGUGGCUACAUUAACUUCAAAUGGAUUGUGUUGAUGCAGUUAGGCCUUAAACACUGAAUCUGAUGUUGCUCUCAUUGACAAUAACCAGUUUAGUUACAUGGAAGACACAUAAUAAUUGCUUUGAAGUGCAAGACUGCAGAAUCAUAGAAAACUAACACACUGUAUAGUAGUGUAACUUUCAAAUUUUAAAAUAACGGCACUGUUGAUCACAUCUAGAGAAGUCAGUGAACGUCAUAUUGGUAAAUUUAAUGCUUCAAUCUUUGCAAAUCAAAAUUGUACAUAAUCUGGAUUGCUCAGCAGCUUUGUAUAUGUAUGAAGGUUUUGAGAAUAAUACUCUUUAUGUGCCAUCAAAUGUAUAUAAUAUGACUAAAUGUGGCAUGAAGGUGGUGAGGAAGUUGAGUUCCCAUAUAUGGAAAUUAUUUUGGUUGUCCCCCCCAAAUAAAUUAAUUUGUUUGUCUCUUCAGUGUUCUACGUGGAUCUGCACUUGAAAGUACAGAUUACUUAAAAAUUGCAUUUGUUUCAAAGGGAUUCGCUGAGCAGUAUAAUCUCACAGGCCUCCACAAAUAAAUUUCAACUUCUGGGAAACACUGCAGUUUGAUGUAUUUGCACUGCAAUCCCAAACAGAAGUGCUAUGUCAUACUCUGGACAUCUUGGAAGCAUCAUUGCCACUUUUACAAUAAUAAAACUUCAAUUCAAAACCGCAAUGACUGAGCCAGUUCCAGUGCUCGGCCACACUUAAUUUCCUCUGAAAUCCUCAAAUACUCACAGUCCACUUUGCUUGUAGGCUUUACUUUGUGCCUGUUUCACAAAAUGCUUGUCAGAAGUAUGAUUUUGCGUGUUGUUUAUUUUCUCAUUCGAUGACUAGAAAUUGUCAUUUAGGUACAAUCUGUUAAGGUCUUUGUCAUCUGUAGCAUACAAGCACUUCAUCAGUGCUUUUAAUCUGUAUAACAGUUGUUGUAUAACAGUUUGUUGUGUGAAGUGUGUACAGCAAAUUCCAACAUGCAUAAAGCAUUGCAAGUUUGCAACUGUAAGAUUGUGGGGUAAUUUUUGCUCAAACCCCAUAGUGACCCAUGAUCUGUUUGAUUAUUUUUUUUUUAUAAGCUACUAGUGUGAUGAUCCAGUGAUUUACAGGGUAGUUAUUUCAUUAUGAUUAAAUUAAAGUGUCUGAGAGAGAGAGUAACAGCACUUCUAUUUUACUUUGUUUUUUUUAACCCUCCCUGGUAAUAGUUCCUUCAUGGAGACGGACUGAAAUGUGUUGGAUGUACAGGGCCGUUUGGGAGACUGUUAUUUAACUGUGAAAAGUGCUUGUAGCAUUUUGAAGUGUAAAUUGAGUCAUGUAUAUUUAUUAAUAAUUUAAAAUCAUCUUAUCAAUCUCUGAACAGUUCUUCUGUAUGAUUUGCACUAAAAGUUUUUCAAGUGAGUAUUCAAAAUAAAUGGAGAAUGUUAAGGUUAUAUGUGAAGUUUGUGUGAAACCUUCUUUAAUAAACAAAUCAGAGUAA